UUAAAUCUACUUUUUAUACUUAAAAUAUCACCCGACUAGAAAAUAAAAAAUUUUAUAUAAAGUAAAUAUGUUUUAUAAAAUUUUUAUAGAAUUGUAAAGCUUUUUCUAGCUCUAAUUUUUAAACCCUAAGUUCAAAGUCCCCGUAGCAUAGCAGAAUAGACUAUUGACUUUGAUGGACAUGGUGCUCUAAGGCCAGAAAAAUGGUUUAUGCAGAAAGAAACACAACUCUUCCUUCUUUUAUUUUACCAGAAAGACUGCUCUCUUUCUCUUGCUUUUUCCUUCAUCGAUCAUGCUUAGAAUGAACCUCCUCUUUGCUACGUACACAGCCAUUCCUUUACUGCUACUUCUCCAAACUUGCACUGGAGAUGACAAUCUUUGUACCCCAUCAUCUUGCGGCAACAUUCACAACAUUAGCUACCCUUUUCGACUAGAAACCGAUCCGAAAAACUGUGGGAACCAUAGAUAUACCUUGUCCUGUGAAAACAAUACAGCAAUAUUGUAUCUGUACGCAGGAAAAUACUAUGUUCGAGCAAUCAACUAUAGCAACUUCACAAUCCGACUGGUGGAUCCUGGCGUUGUUAAAGAUGAUUGCUCCUCCACUCCUCUUUUUCCUUUAACUGAAUAUAACUUCAGUUUAGAGGAUCCAUUUACCUUGUUUAAACCCAAAUGGAAUGGGUCAGAAUAUACACCAAAAGUAUCUCAACUGAUGAUUUUCAUGAAGUGCCCCUUCCCUGUGGUCAACUCUUCUCUUUAUAUAGACACUGCUCCCUGCAUUAAUGAUGAUCAGGAGUACUAUUCUUAUGUAAAUAUUGGUGGGAUGGAUUCCACGGACUUUAUGAGCAUGUGCAGCUUAGAAAUGAUGGUUAUGUUGCAUGAUAAGGAUUAUAAGGACAUGUCCUUUGUUGAAAUUCAUAGAGAGAUGGCAUAUGGGUUUGAGGUUUCUUGGCACAAUAUCUACUGCGGCAAAUGCAGAGGCUGCUAUUCUGACGAGACAGACAAUAUUCGAUGCAUAAGUGGUUACUUCAGAAGAGUUUGCUAUCUCAACUUCGGAAUUCAGUGCAUCUACUUAUAUGACUCUUCGGACAUAUACGCACAAUUCUAUAGAAUUAAAUCAUCAGUUCCUACUGUAUUUGUUCUCCUUGUCAUAUUCCAUUGUGUCACAAAGACUUUAUGUGGGACUCCUUUCGUGUUUGCAUUUCUGAUCUAUAAAUGGCGAAAGAGACAUUUAUCAGGAUACACCACAAUUGAAGAUUUCCUACAAAGUCACAAUAAUUUGAUGCCAGGAAGGUAUUCUUACUCAGACAUUAGGAAAAUGACAGGAGGCUUCAAGGAAAAAUUGGGUGAAGGAGGCUUUGGUUCUGUGUAUAAAGGAAAACUUCGCAGUGGCCAUGUUGCUGCAAUUAAGAUGCUGAAUAAGUCUACAACUAAUGGGCAGGAUUUUAUCAAUGAAGUUGCAACCAUAGGGAGGAUUUACCAUAACAAUAUAGUGCAACUGAUUGGAUUUUGCGUUGAUGGAUCGAGGCGUGCUCUUAUAUAUGACUUCAUGUCUAACGGAUCUCUUGAUAAUUACUUACGUCCUAGUGAAGGAUUCAUAUCCUUAAGCUGGGAAAAACUAUUUGAAAUUUCUCUUGGAGUGGCUCGUGGAAUUAAGUACCUGCAUCAAGAUUGUGAUAUGCAAAUCCUACAUUUUGAUAUCAAGCCGCACAAUGUUCUUCUUGAUGAAAACUUUGUCCCCAAGAUUUCUGAUUUUGGCCUUGCGAAACUAUGUGCAACGAAAGACAGCAUUAAGUCUCUCACUGCAGCAAGGGGAACAAUAGGGUACAUGGCUCCUGAGUUAUUCUAUAGAAACAUUGGGAAUGUCUCAUGCAAAGCUGAUGUCUAUAGCUUCGGGAUGUUGUUACUAGAAAUGGCAGGGAAAAGGAAGAAAUUGAAUGCAUUGAUAGAAAAUUCAAGUGAAAGCUACUUUCCUUUCUGGGUUUAUGAUGAAGUCUCUAGUGGAAAGGUUGUCGCUGGUGGGGACGGAAUGGAGGAGUCAGAUAAAAUUGCUGAGAAGAUGGUUGUGGUAGGAUUAUGGUGUAUACAAAUGAAACCCAGCAAUCGCCCUCCGAUGAACGAAGUAAUAGAGAUGCUUGAAGGAGAUUUGGAAAGUCUGCAAUUGCCUCCAAGGCCUUUUAUAUAUCCAGAAGAAGUCAUAAAUGAUGGAGAAGAGUCUUCUUCCAUGUUAAUUGAUUCUUCAGAAUCAAGCAGCUUGAUUCAAAAUUCAUGUUGAGUGAUAUGAUAUGGAUUACUUUUCUCAUGUGUAAGAUCUGCAGUGAAGAGCUAGAUGACAAUUUCUCCCAUUGAGUGAAGUGUUAUUUGUUCAUUUAUUUAUCAAAAUAGUUAACAAUCUCUCAGUGUUGAAAGUUUUAUUUGUAAAAUUAAACAAUUAUGCUGAUUUGUAAAUGAACCCAAAUAAGCUGAUAAGAAGUCUGAAA